UGUCGCUUUAAGGCUGUAGGCUGAUCGCAACGUCAGAGAGGUAGGGGCAGCAGACAGCGACUUAGGGGGAAGGGGAGAGGAUUGAGCCUGGCAGUGUCCGCUCGGCGCAACCAUUCAGCACCCGGGGGGAGCACCUAUAGCCAAGGCAUGGCUUUCCCUGUAGAUAUCCUGAAUAACUGUAGCUUUAACGUACUGGAGAACUCAGCAGAUGACUAUCUGGCCGACCUGCGCUGUGCUGAUCCUGACAACCCAGAGUAUUUCUCUCUAGCAAAUCACAGUGAGGUCCAAAUCAGCCUUUCUACAGUUGGUUUUGUUCCUCUCUUUGGUGGAGACCAGUCACACAAAGUCCUUGCUCUCUUUGCACCUGAGGAUACACUAACAGCUGUGGCUUUCUACCUUGCUGAUCAAUGGUGGGCUGUUGAAGACAUUGUGAGAACAUCCAAUCCUUCACGGGAAGGCCUCCAUCAGGUCAGGACUCUGGGAGAGCGAGUGGUUCUUUAUGUCCUAAAUCGCAUUAUAUAUCGAAAGCGAGAGAUGGAGAGAGAUGAGGUCCCUUUUCUGUGCCACGGCAGUUCCGAUUAUGCAAAGAUCUUCUGGAGGGAAGGAGAGGCUGUUGGAUUUUAUUCUGUCAAACCCCCUGGGAGUAUGUGUCCUGCUUACCUCACUCAAAGUUAUCAGCUGCCUGUUCUGGAUACCAUGUUUAUAAGGAAGCGAUACCAGGAUAAGGAAUUUGCCCUACAGAUACUGGAAGACUUUGUCGAUUCCUUCACUGAAGAGAACCUUGGUCUGAGGUAUCCUUUGUCUGCAUUGAUGUUUACAGCCUGCAAGCAGUAUGUAGAAAAGUACCCUGGAGACCGGGAAAUCUUGUGGGAGGUAGAAGGAGUUGGUCACUGGUUCCAGAGGACUCUCAUUUCAAGUUUAUUUCAGAAGAAAACUCAGAGAUUGUCAGGUGUAACUGCAGAGACUUCCAAAAGUGAUUUAGACACACUGCAACCAGAACCUGAACCUGAAAUAAAGGAUCCAGUCUGUGAAAGUCAGAGCGAACCCAGCGAGCCAUGCUUAGCAAUGGAUAUCCAGGAAGAACCCGAAGAGGAGAAACUGAUAGAGGAUAACUCUGAAGAACAGAAUCCAACACCUGUUUCAACUCAUAUUGGAAGCAGCCAGUUAAAACGUCCCAAGAUUUCAAGGAAAGAACUGGAAACUGAGGAAGAUGAGGACGACAAAAGCAACCAGAAUGAAGCAACAAAAUUAGAGUCCAAGGAGCAGAUAGUGGAAAACUUUACAGAACUCAUACAACAGCUAGCAGAAGACAAGGAUGACAGUGAUAUGGCCAAGCUACAGGAGGAGAUUUUAUGUAAACCCGUGGGGCACAUUUUGGAGGACAAUCAAGAUAUUCUGAGGCAUCCUGAAGAAAGUGGAGGCAAUAAUCAGAGCACAGAACCAGCAGUUCCAGAACCAUUCAAUGGUGACCUAACAAAGGAAAACAACGACACAGAAAAGUAUGACACAGAUGCCGCAGUGCAGGAGGACAUAAUAAACGAGGCCCUGGAACCUCAGGAGCUGGAUACACAAGAGAUAGAAAGGGAGGUACUGGAUACUGAGUCAAAUCUAGAGCCUGGAGACACCGAUGAGAAAUCACUAACAACUCUAGUUUCAGUUAAUAUGGAUUUGGAGAAAUCCUUGGAUUCCUAUCCUGAUCAGGUCAUCAGUUCAGAUGAUUUAGAGACCUCCUCCCAAGAGAACAUGGCUAUUGAAUUGGAAAACACUGUGAUAAGGCAGGAAGAAGAUAUAAAAGAGGACCUGGAAGGAAAAGACACAGAGGCAUGCAGCCCAGUAUCUGGCAAAGAGCUCUCAGGUAACGGACUACCAAGCUAUGAGGAGACUGAUGGUGCGGAAGAGUGCUCCACCUCUGAUACAACUGAAACCAUGGACACGGGAACACUUGAAAAACACUCCAUCAAUGCGAUCACAGACACACUGCCCACCCUUCGGCAAGGCCCCUUGCUUGUUGUUGAACUGCAAGAUGUAGCAUUCCAGCAACUCUCAGAAGGACAGAAAAGUCAAUCUGGGGAUCUUUCAGAAGAGUCUGCAGUGGAGACAGAUCAGUCAGUGCAGAAAUCCAUGGAGAGAGGAGGGGAGAGCAGCUCUGAGGAAGCAGAAGCAGAAGUGCCAGUAAUAGAGAGGAGAGGCUUGCGCAGGAAGGCCAGGGCAUAUAAAGGACCAGCCAAGAAGAGGAAUAAGGUUGUUUAGCUGAGGGUUUGCAUACUUGUUGUUAUUCACAUAUUUGUAAAACUAAAUAGCCUAGAUUUUUUUUAAAGUUCUAUAAAGUUGUUGGGCGUAGGUCACAGGCAUUUGUAUCUGUACAAUUUUUCUGGUCAAUGUUAUUUGCUUAUUUUUUUCAUUUUAAAUUCCACAUUUUAAAGCCCCUCCACAGUCUCUGUUAAUGACACAAGUACACUAACAUCAAAGCAGGACCAAAGCACAAAAAGACUUCCCAUUAAAACUAUCGGUUCACAAUGACACUUCGUCUCUUUUUAAAGGGUAAAAACAAAAACACUUCCAGUGUUGUCUUCCAGUUUUGUCAGUUAAGUUGACCAUCCCCUCCCAAGAUGGUUUAAAUGCCCAGACAAUCAGGUCAAUCAAAAUCAAAUUUUUUAAACUCAGAUGCGAUUUGAUUUAGAUCAAACUCAAUUGAAGUUUUUUUUUCCUGAAAUGUUUUAAAAAUACUCACAUGAAUUCGAAAUUCGACCCUUGAUAAAUGUGAGUCCAUAGGUUAUUUUCAGCAAGUGGGCUUUCUUAAAUAAGGGAAAGUUCUUAGGUGCUGAACUUUUUCUUAUUUAGACAAAGAGAAUUUAACUAACAAGGUGGCCCCCCCUCCAAAACCUUGUGAGUUCCUUAACUCAAACCUAAAGGCUGGUGCAGCCAUAAAUCAAGCCCUUUUGUGAACAUGUGUUUUGAUUUAGGAUAGUUAUCCCCCACUGAGAUAUAUCCACACCGCUAGCAGACUGCAGUCUUCCACCCACUUCCACUGUUGCCUGUAUUUCUCUCUCCAGAUUUCUUAAUAUACUUUUACAUUUUUCCAAAACAACAAAAUCAAUAUGUCGCUCUGAACAUUGCUGUUUCCUAAAUGGUGGCCUGGAGGG